ACACACACACUUAUUUAAUGUGCAAAUGCACGUCACAGUUUCACUAAGCCCUUUGUAAAUUUGUGCGUUCGAGUUUCGCGUUACGUUUCUGACAGUGAUAUAAGACAGCAGCAUUCUGUGAAACACAGAGUAUCCAGCGAACCUCGGGAUUAAAACACAGCAGGGGGAGGGGCUCAGAUUAAAGUAUUUAUACCACAAAGUCAAACAUAGAGAGACAAAGAGACAGAGAGAGAGAGCGACAUUGACAGAGAGAGAGAGAGAUCAAAAGAGAGACAAAGUGGGAGAGGGAUACAUAGUGACAACGAGAGAGGGAGGGAGGGAGACAGUGAGAGAGAGAGGGAGAGGGCCAAAGAGAGAAACAGAGGAGAAGAGAAGGACCGGAUAGAUAGGGUGACAGCGUAAGAGACACAUAGAGAGAGAGGGGAAAUAAGGAGACGGACAGUGAGAUAGACACGGGAAGUAGAGAGGGAAAGAGAGAGAGAGAGAGAGAGCGAGAGAGAGAGAGAGAGAGAGAGAGAGAGAGAGAGAGAGAGAGAGAGAGAGAGAGAGAGAGAGAGAGAAAGUAGAGACAGACGGAGAGAGAGAGAGAGACACAGGAAGUAGAGAGACAGACAGGGGAAGUAAAGAGACAGAAAGAGAGGCAGAGAGAAAGACAGGGAGAGUAGAGAGACAGAAAGAGAGAGAGAGCCAGGGGAAAUAAAGAGACAGUUGAUGAAGGAGUUGACAGAAAGAGAAGCAGGAGAGGCUUAGGUUAAUGAGAGAGACAAAAAGUUGGAAUGGACAGAAGACAGAAGAUGGAAGAUGGAAAGAGAAUGUUUGAGAGAUAGCGGGAGAGAUUGAGAGAGCGAGAGAGAGAGAGAGAGAGAGAGAGAGAGAGAGAGAGAGAGAGAGAGACGGGGGGAUUGUGGAGGAUCAGGGAACAGCCUUCUGUCAGCGGUAACUGCGUGUCCCUGGCGUGAUCCGAGCGCGUUCCUAGCGGGUUGUCUCCCUCCGUCGGGGCAUGCGGAGCGGCGAUGGGCUUCCUAGAGAACUACCAAGAGAUCGACCCGGUCACCCUGAACCUCUGCAUCCUCAUCGCCAGCUACGUCAUCCUGCUGCUGGUCUUCCUCAUCUCCUGCAUCAUGUAUGACUGCCGUGGCAAGGACCCCUCCAAGGAGUACGCCCCGGAGCCCCAGCCCACCCAGUCGCCCAUCCGGCUGGUGGUGAUGCAGAGCACCCCCGGCGCCGCCGCCGGCGCGCGCUGGGACCCCACCAGCAUCAUCCCCAGCUACCACGACUCGCCGCAGGCCGACUCCCGCCCCAAGAAGAGCACCACGGUCUGACCUCCGACCCUUGACCCCCGGACCCACACAGUCCCCCCCCCCCCCCCCCCCC